UGGUAAGAUGAUAGUAAGGCUAGGUGACAAGGCUGACAACUGAGCAAUCUUUCCUUGUGCGUCUAAUGUCUAUCCAAGAGUGGUUGUUGUUAAUGUCGCACUCAACAUGCAACUCACAGUCACAGUUGCCUCCGGCUCUCAGCUCAUUACUUGUUGAAGGAGUAGCUCAAAAUACCAGUAGUGGUGUUUAUGCUCCAGGAGUGAGCUUCUUUACUAUAGUCAUCUCACUUUAUGUAGAUGAUCUGUUAGUUACAGGUUCUUGUGUUCAAGAGAUUGAAAAAGUGAAAAAGGAGCUGAUGAGCUUGUUUGAGAUGUCUGAUCUUGGUCAAGUAUCUUUCUUUCUGGGAAUUGAGAUAAAUCAGAGUAAAGGGGAGAUUAUUCUGUGCCAAAGGAAGUAUCUCUCUGAAAUAUUGAAGAAGUUCAAGUUUGAUGGCUGUAAGAGUGUGAGAACACCCAUGAACAUGAAGGAGAAGUUAGUGAUUGAAGAAACAAAAGAAGAGGUUGAUGAAAGGAACUAUCGAAGCUUGGUUGGAUGUCUGAUGUACCUAACAACAUCUAGACCAGAUGUGUUGUUUGCUGUUAAUGUACUUUCGAGGUUUCUGAAUAAUCCAAGGAGGAGUCAUUUGGUGGCAGCUAAAAGGGUGUUGAGAUAUUUGAAGGGAACACUUGAUUAUGGUGUUCUGUUUAAGUCGGAUUUUGAAGCCGAUUUGGUUGGGUUUGCUGAUAGUGAUUGUGUUGGUUCAACUCAAGACAUGAAGAGUACCUCUGGUUUCUGUUUCAUGCUUGGUUCAAACUGUUUUUCGUGGAGCUCUAAGAAGGAGGAGUUGGUGGCUCAGUCAACUGCAGAGGCGGAAUUCAUUGCCACAACUACAGCAGCAAACCAAGCAAUCUGGCUCAGAAAAAUUCUGUGUGAUUUGGGUUUCAAUCCAAGGAUUCCAACUCAGAUCAAUGUGGACAAUCAGGCAGCUAUUGCCAUUUCGAAGAAUCCUGUUUUCAACCUGAUGUCCAAGUUCAUAUUCAAAAAAGCUAACAAAUACUUUAUUUCUGCACGCAGUUUUUUAUAUGGAGAGUAUUAA